UAGUAUGAUACUAUCAACACUGAAAACAAAAGCAAUAAGACUGUUAAUCAAAUUAAUCAGAUCCUAAUUGCAAGAAUGAGAAAUAGGAUUAGAUUCAGUCUUCUUGCUUGAAAGAAGAAAAUGAUUAGAUUCAGCCAUCCAGGUAACCUUGAAGAAUCAAUGGAGACUUUAGACAAACACAGACAUAUAUGUCAUUACAAACGUCACCGUUCUUCUUGUUUUACUUUUCUACAAAUAAUAUUUUAUGUUCUUUUUCUUAGCUUUACAAAACUGGGUCCAAAUCAUUAAUUUUUGUUUUCUCAAUAAUUAGAUAAAUUCAAAAUUGAAUAGUAUAUACAAAUACUAGUGUUAGUUAUUUUGAUUGUUGCUUUGAACUACUUAUAUAGAAAUAAAAUAAAGAACAAUUUAGGAGCUGAUGAUAUUGAUUAAAAAGUAGGUGACACAAUAAAGACUUAUUUUUUAGGGAUUAGGAGCAAUUUAGGAACUAUUUUUUUUACUUUUUUAUUUUAAAAACAUAAUAUAAUUUGAGAAUAUUUUAUUUCUUUUUUUAAAAGAUAUCGAAUUUGAAAUAAUGAAAUCCUAUUGGUUGGUGAACCUAGAAGUUCACCCUAGGGGGUGAACCCAAGAAUGACUCCACAAUAAACAUGCGAGACCGAUGAACAUUAAGCUGCUUAGAGCAUCUUCAAUGUAAAACUCUAUAUUUUUUUCCAAAAUGGAAUAAAUAGAAUAUAAAAUAAAAAUGUUCAAAUCCUACUUCCAUUUCGUACUCCAUAAUAGAGUUAAGAACAAAAAAAAUAGAUUACUCCAUUUUUGGAAUAAAUUUCAUUAUGGAGUGAGAAAUAGAAUAUAGUUUACUCUAUACUCUAUUUACUCCAUUUUGGAAAGAAAAAAUAAAAUAAGGUUAGAUAAGUCUUUAAAAAAUGUAGAUAAAGUUAACCAGGUUAAUAUUACCGCGAACCAAUAAAAUUUACAAAAUGUGUUUUUUGUGUUGCUUGUCGUCUUAGUUAACAACUUUUUUACUAUAAUACAAAAUCACUAGAUAAAAGAUUAUAAUUCACUAGAGCCGCUAUAUUUGAGGCAUAGUGAUAUCAAUGUCCAAAAAAUCGUUAGAUGGUAACUCUUCGUUUGUUUGUAAAGGAUGAACGACUACACGAAUUUUCUGAAAGUUAGGCGGAGACUAAUUGUUAAUAAAUUAUUAAUUUAUUAAUUAUAUAUUUUUCAAUUAUAUUAUAUAUAUUAGUUUUAAGUUUAAUUAUAUAAUUAUUUUGAUAAAUUAUUAAAAUUAUAUACAAAGAAAAAAUAAGACUAGUUUGUGAAUUUUCAUUAACAUUAUUGUUUGAUUUAAGAGAUUUGGAUCAAUUAUAACGAUUUAAACCGAGUUAAACUGUUUUUAACCAAUUUAAAAAAAUUAAACCAAUCUGAAUCGCAUAAAUCAAAUUUUGAAAAAAUCGUUUUAUCUAUAACUGAUUUGUUGUUUAAGUGGCCGCCAACGCUCCGCCUAAAUUGAUUUUUAGAACAUGGAGUGAUAUAGUUUGCAACACAUGAUAGCGAUCAAAAUCCUAUUGGUGUGUCAAUUUCUUUUAUGAUACUGUCCUCUGCUGUUUAAAAUUGGCUAUGAUACUAUUUUAGUUUUAUCAGUAGAACUAAACAUAGAGUAUGCAAGCAUGUACUGUGUAAGAUUUGUCAAAGAGUCUAUGCAUAGGUGCGUCGUUUGUGUAUAUUUGGAAAACGUGUAGCAUGUGGAAGGUGAAUAGUGUAGAUUUAUGAUUAUGGUGAUGAUACUAGAAUGACCGUCACGUUAUUACUUUUCAUGUAUACUCUUACAAAUUUACCCAUACAAAAAAAAAAAAGGAAGUAGCGAACAUGUUCUCGUCUAUAUAAGGUCUCUGUUUAUCUUCUUCUCCACACAACCAUUCGCUCUCUCUUUCUGCCUUUCCUGCAAUUAAAUAUUCAAAUGGCACCCUGCAUCGACACUUCCAGAAGCACCGGAAAAGCCCUUCUUUGUCAAGACGAUGAUUCUCGCUUCCAUUACAUAAAUCUCUUCCCUGGUCGAAUUUCACGAUCACCCAUCACAAUCACAAGCUCUCUGGUUCCAGAUUUUGAUCGAGACGAUGGUGAUGUCUGGUUUAAGAUGCUUGACGAAGCUAAAUCCGACGUCGAGCAAGAACCGGUUUUGUCAAGCUACUAUCACUCUUCCAUUACAUCGCACCGAUCCUUAGAAUCCGCUUUGGCGAACAUUCUCUCGGUAAAGCUAAGCACUUUAGCCUUACCAAGCAACACCCUCUUCGAACUCUUCAUCAGCGUCUUGGAAGAAAGCCCAGCGAUCAUCGAAUCGGCGAAACAAGACCUGUUAGCAGCAAAGGAAAGAGACCCAGCUUGCGUUAGCUACGUCCACUGCUUCCUAAGCUUCAAAGGCUUUCUCGCUUGUCAAGCUCAUCGCAUCGCUCACAAGCUCUGGGCCCAAGACAGAAAGAUCCUCGCUUUGCUCAUCCAAAACAGAGUAUCCGAAGCUUUCGCCGUCGAUAUCCAUCCCGGAGCUAAGAUCGGGAAAGGGGUGUUGUUAGAUCACGCGACGGCCGUGGUGAUCGGAGAGACUGCGGUGGUUGGAGACAACGUUUCGAUUCUCCACGGCGUGACGCUCGGAGGAACAGGGAAGCAGUGCGGCGAUCGGCAUCCGAAGAUCGGUGACGGAGUCUUGAUCGGAGCAGGGACUUGUGUAUUGGGGAACAUAACAAUCGGCGAGGGAGCUAAGGUUGGAUCGGGGUCGGUGGUGCUUAAAGACGUGCCGCCGCAUACGACGGCGGUGGGAAACCCGGCGAGAUUGAUCGGUGGGAAAGAGAAUCCGAAAAUGCUUGAUAAGAUACCCGGUUUGAGCAUGGACCAGACAUCGUACUUAACCGAGUGGUCUGAUUAUGUCAUCUAAAACAGAAACAAAACAAAAGGUGUAAUUAUUGUCUUCGCGGCGUGUUAUCUAAUCCACGUGUAAAGUAAAUAUAAAUCAAAGUAAAAAAAUAAUUACUUUUUUUGUACUGGGUUAAGGUACCAAUUA